AUUAUGACGAUCUGCAUCCGGCACCAUUUCACAUUUACACUAUGGAUAAUGACUGCUUUUCUCAUCCAAGCCUGAUAAAACUUCUGUGCGUUUUGUUUUUUGCAUUAAACCAUCGCGUUUCAGGUCGGGCUCGCAUCUUAACGUGAUCAUCUCUGUUUCAAGACUUGAUAUUCGUGGAAAUCGGAAGCGGGGAUUUUAACUCGUUUUUGGGUAGUUAUGCUUUCACGGUCAACUCCGAAGCCAUUGCGCGCAACAAACUGACGCUUUUUAUUUACUUGCGUUCUUUUUUGGCAUCGCCAAAAAGCGCAGAGGAGAUUUCUGAAGUCGGGGACUGAAUUGGCUCUUCAACACCCAACUGGAAAAGAACCUGUGCAAUGGGGCUCUCACUAUGGGACGGACGUCUGUCAUGUUUCCUUCUUCACAUUUCUGUUCUCCUGCUGCUCAGCAAGGGGGAGAAGAUGUGCCCAGCGAGCUGCCGCUGCGAAGGCAAGAUUGUUUACUGCGAGUCUGGCGGCUUUCAAGACGUCCCGGAGAACAUCUCUCUGGGGUGCCAAGGGCUAUCCCUGCGGUACAACGGCCUCCUGGUGUUGUUGCCAUACCAAUUUGCUCACCUCAACCAGCUGGUAUGGCUCUAUCUGGACCACAAUUUCAUCAGCGUCAUGGACAGAUUGGCCUUCCAGGGCCUUCGCCGGCUAAAGGAAUUAAUCCUGAGCUCUAAUAAGAUCAUGCAGCUACAAAACGGCACGUUCGAGGCGAUUCCGAACCUGCGCAACCUCGACCUGUCCUACAAUCAGCUAGAGGAUCUGGCAGCGGGGCAUUUUCAAGGGCUUCGCAAGCUUCAGACCCUUCACCUCCGGUCGAACAGUAUCAAAAACAUUCCUGUUCGUACGUUCAUGGAAUGUAGAAGCCUGGAGUUUUUAGAUUUGGGUUACAAUCGCCUGCGGACUAUAACUCGGACGACCUUUCUGGGCCUACUGCGGCUGACAGAACUGCAUCUUGAACACAAUCAGUUUUCCCGGAUUAAUUUUUUCCUUUUUCCACGCCUCUUGAAUCUGCAGGCUCUGUAUCUGCAAUGGAAUCGCAUACGGACGGUUAUCCAAGGAUUACCUUGGACGUGGCACACCCUGCAGAAAUUGGAUCUAUCGGGCAAUGAGAUUCAGGUUUUAGACCCUGCCGUUUUUAGGUGUUUGCCCAAUUUGCACACGCUCAAUCUGGAGUCUAACAAGAUCAGCAACGUUUCACAGGAUGUGGUGUCAUCGUGGAUCUCCAUCAGCACCAUCAACCUGGCAGGUAACGUAUGGGACUGUAGCGCUAGCAUCUGCCCUCUAGUGUCCUGGCUGAGAAAUUUCAGAGGAACGAGAGAUGCCACCAUCAUCUGCAGUACUCCCAAAUCCCUACAGGGAGAAAAGGUCAUGGACGCCGUGAGGAACAACUCUGUAUGUGAGGAGAUAUUCACGGUGGAACCCACCAUGGAAUUAACUCUUCUUUUGACCACAACAACUUUUUAUGUGACAAAGCCACCCACAAGCACCAUGACAACACCUUUCACCACCACUACACAGCUUUCUCAAGUUACCCAAAGACUUUCUCCAAAGCUUUCGUUCCCUGUUCAGUCCGACAAAGGAUUCCCACCACGUCUGACAGUCACUGCCAGCACCUUACCUUUCACCCCAGAGCCGGAGUUCGAGCACAUGACUUUCCACAAGAUCAUCGCCGGCAGCGUGGCGCUGUUCCUCUCCGUGUCGCUCAUCCUGUUGGUGAUCUACGUGUCGUGGCGUCGAUACCCCAACAGCAUGAGGCAACUCCAGCAGCACUCCAUCCGACGCAAGCGCAGGAAAAAGACUCAAGAGCCAGAGCCCGACAUCAACUCCCAGCUGCAAGAAUAUUACCUGAGCUACAAUCAUGCCAAUGUGGAGACCAUUGACUCUAUGGUUAACGGGGGGGCGUGCACCUGCACCAUCUCGGGCUCCAGAGAGUGCGAGGUAUGACCGACCGCUAACAAACGCAUUCUCUGCACCGGGAGUCAGAGAAUGCAUAUACGUAUCCCAGACCGCUCCCGGGGCCCUGGCUGAGAGACAUCACCAUAAAUCACUGAGGGAGGAGGCCAUGAGAACACAGAGCGGUGCAGAUAAAGCCUUUCUUGGAUUUGCAAACGCGAAUGAAGCCUUACUGAAAAGAAUUAAGCCGGGCGGAACGCAUCUCCUGUUGUACGGAAACCAUUCAUUUCGGUCUCUUUCGAAAGUAGAGCGAAGGACUACGCCAUGAAUCUGACACCCUGUCCUUAAUGUAAACUGGUCCACUAGUCAAUUCAACAAACGCUAACCGUCCCCCACAACAUGGGGCUGGCAAACAUGAAUGGCCAAUCCAAAUGUAAUGAACUGGCAAAACGGUUUUGGAGGCUGCCAUUGUUCCUGUAUGAUAGCUACCUGCUCUCUCCAUGGAAUCUACGCCCACCGUUCGGAUCUUUCCCACCUCCCGUGCCGCUCAUCUCUUUGUGUCGUGUAGUGAUGUGAUGACUAUUCAUGCCGAACCAUUGAAAGCGUCUCUCCUGAUCACUGGACAGUAAUUGCUCAAUUGAGCACAACCCACGGGGAUGUUUCUGGAGGACUACACGACAACAGGACUUAUUUUUGACUGCUCCGGAAAAAUAAUUGAAAAGAAAGCGGCGAGAGCUAUUUUGUAGGAUCGCGGCUUCACCGCGAGUUCCCACUGUGAUUUGAUUUCGGCAGAGGCUGAGCUCGGACAAACCACAGGAGAAUUGAAUUGUGGGUAGAACGUGCUUGUUGUGGAUUUGUCCCUUUUGUUUCCUGUUUUUCAGAGAUUUUCCUGGAUUUUUUAAAAGAGGCUUUUCUCUUUGUCCAGCCGAGUUAGCAAAGUUGACUAUUUUUGUAUGAGGACCUGUCGUCAUAACUCGAUGAAGCGUAGAGAGAUGGACUGUAAAACAUUUACAUGUGUGUUUUGGGACAUUUGUAUCCGAAUGCCUUUGUUCACCACACAAUUCCAGCCACCGAUCCAACACAGCAACUGGAUGUUUUCUAGAACAAAAAACAGCACUACAACAAAACCUGGUAGAACAUCAAGCAGCUCUCAACUGGUCUCAAAAACUGUCCACGUGUAUACUAGGGUCAGUGAAUAAAUGAUGUGAAAAUGCAACAAACUAUCAUUCAUAAUCGGAGCAAAAACAAAUGUUUUUCAUCUUUUGUGAUCGACAUCAAAGGCUGUGCCAUGCAAACACUUUAGCUUGGUAGAAACAGGCCAGAUUAUACAGAUGCCACAUGGACCGGUUGAAUGAAAUGCCAUUAUCACUGAAAACCAUGAAUACAACCACACACAAUAAAAUGCUGUUGUUUUAAUCCCUGCUUGAGUAAAAUAUGGAUAAACUCAACCGUAGGUUUAAAUUAACCUAAAAAAUAUGAAUAUUCAACCCAACGAUGGGUUGAAAAACACCACCAUAUGUUGAUCUGAACGAAUGGGUUUAAAUGAAACAUAACUUGUGCACGCAUGAAUAACAUAAUAAUAUAAUCAAGAAUACACAAGCUCAUUUACGAUGGGGAACAAAUCUGGUUUGUCACAUUAUGAGAUCUUUGGCAAAAUUAAUACAUUUUAAUGCAAAAAUAAACCUGGGUUGCUUCAACACACGUUUGAAUAACAUGUGGACAAACCCAUCUGUUGACUUAAAAGGAACCUAUGUUGGGUUUAAACCAAUGGUGGUGUCUAAAAAUUACAUUUCUUAGUUUAUUUAAACCAGUGGUUGAUUUGUCCAUUUUUUACCCAACCAUGGGAUAAAACAGCCCAGUAUUUUAAGAGUGUGGUGCCGAGUUAGCCCUGAAGUAAAAACCAAAUUGAGAACUGCUGACAUAAUCAUCUGUGCCAAGUUUUUCACACUUAACCAACCACAUUAGCUUUCACAUUAGUAUUUUGUGUUCUGCACCAUAAGCAGAUGUACAGUAUUUCUGGCACAACGGUAACAAGCCACAGGUAACACGUGCAAGAGACAAAGUGCAUUUAUGUAGCUGUACAUGAAUGAAUGAGAGUGAUCUGAAAGCCAUGGCAAGGAUUAUGUAGAAAUGCACACCCACCGCCAUCUGUCCGGAAACCCCCCACGACUGAUCCGCAAUUCUUUUAAUUGCAUUCAAAAGAAAAAGUUAACAUACUGUUCCUGUAACCAUCCGAAUUACAGUGAAACAUGCCAAGGCUAAUUCAUUUCUUUCAAAUAAAGUUACAGGCUGAAGAGAGAUGAAUUGGAGUUGAAGAUAAUUGGCUUUAACGAUGUUGGAGUGUUCUGUGCGGUUGCUAGGGCAUUGUUAAAUGGUUUCUAGGGUAUUUUUGUCUACCUGCAUUCUCAAACAAGCCCACACUCUAAAUAAAUGGCUUGGGCUCAUCUUUCAAUGUUCAUAAAGCCAAACUUGAUCAAAAUCAUGAUUCCUACCUUUAGAAAUACUGCAAUAGCACACUUCAACAUCAACAAACCAUGUGAGUGGCUGCAGGCAGAAUACAAACAUAACUAAAGACAGCUUAAACAUUUUCUAUUAUGUGUUCUUUAGUGAGAACUGGCCACCCUUAAAGAUUCUUGUAUAAAAAAGGUUCAAUCUGCCAGAAAUCUAUCAAUGCGCUGAAUCAGUGGUCAGACUGCAGGGGUUCUGCCUGGUGACUUGUGCAAUUUAAAGCUUUACUCUGUGAUUUAUGUCAGAAAUUUCUAACUCAAAGGUACAAAAAACACAACCAAAAAUGGUCAUCUCUGAUACAUUUUCAUUCCAUCUAGUCAUAAGUAAGAAAAGUUUUCCUAUCAUCAAUUUAUCUUGAAAAAUCCAGACAUCUUUAUGGAUGCAUUAAAAAACAUUUCCCAUAGUUUACUGCAGUCAAGAAGAACACAUGUAUUUAAGCUCCUUGUCCCUUUCCUAGAAAAAACAACGAGCUUCAGUUUUUAAAGCAAGACGAGAAUGCUGCUGAUGAAAUGAUGUUGUUUUUUUAAACGGUCCCAAUUAGCCGAAUAUUUUAGUGAAGGUGUAGAUACUAAACCAUGAAUUAAAGACACAUGCCCAGAUUGGUGUGAUGUUAUUUUCAACAUCCUAUUCAAAAAUACAUUUCUAAAUCGAAUUUCUAUUGAAUUAGAUAACUCAAUUUGUUAAUGUUUUGAAUGUGUUUGUGAAGGUUUGUUUUCAUGCCCAGCCUAUAAAAAAAUGUAUAAACUAAAAUAGUACAUAUUUGAACCCAAGUCUUUUAACUUGUUAAAAACAUAAUGAGAUCCAAAUGUCUAAUUCUAUAUCUAUUAAUUUUAACGCCACGUCAGCACUAAAAGCUAUCAUUGGCAAACUAACACAAUUUUACAGCAACAAAAUACCAAUGCCAACAAAAAAUUAUACACAAUGCCUAAGACUACUUUUAAAAUUUGUGAUGUCGACUGUUUUUUGGACCAUCUAUAUCUUAAUACACUCGCCCACGCGACAUUACAAAUUGCAGUAGUGUAUACUUUUUCUCAUCUGGGAAAUUUAAACCAAAAGUUAAUGACUUAUCCUGCACAUACUGGUUAAUGUCCAAUAAAAAGCAAUGUUCCGCCCACAACUAGCAUAAAAAAACAGAGAAAACAUGAAUGGAUUAGGAGGUUUAACACACAUUUGUGUUGUCCAUGCCAUCUGAUUAAAGCAAAAGAGAUAUUACUAUUAUGUUAUGAAAUAUGUUCUUUUUCAAUUUAACAAUUACAAGCUAAUAAUACAAUCUGUAUAAAAAAGAAAAUAAUCUUUCUUGAAAUCUCAGGCAUUUGGACCUCUACAUAUAUAUUUUACAUGUAUUAAAAAAAUUGCAGCCUAAUCUAAAAGUUCAGUUUAACUACGAUGACAAUUGUCUGAAAGAGGUUAGACCGCUUCUUACAUGUCAGACACAUUGCGCAUUAGUUGAAAGAGAACAAAAUAACCACCUGUCAUUCAUCACGUCAGGUACAGGUGUGCUAGACUCUCAGACAGACUGUGUGACAUAAUGUGGAUUAGCACAAAAUUUAGUUAGACACUAGGAAGGUUAUUAUAUUUUAAUGACUUCCAUUCAUUCUAAUAAAUUGAAUUGGGUAUUUUUGAGUCUAACUGGUUUCAGCAUCACCAGUAUAAUUACGGUUUGUCACCAUGUAAACUUACUGGUAUCCUUGCAUGUGUCAUAUAAAGAUUACCGCAUUUACAUGGUCACUAAAUUAGUGGAAAUACCCCAGAGACUUGCAAUAGCUGCAUUACUGGAAACACAAUUAUUUUAACAAACGGACAGGUGAACAUGUAGAAAUAAAAAUCUACUUCUAUUUAUAUAUUUCUAUAGAUACAAUUUAAGUAGCUGAACUUCUAUAUCACAUAUAUCACACUUUGACAAACUCUGCAUCUAUUUUUUAUGUAUGAUCAUUUCCCUCUGUGGUAACUGUUAACAUCAGAACACAUUUCAUGCAAACCACAGCAGAAGACAUGUUCACAUGUACAGACUUCUCUCCUUUCAACUCUGCUCAAACAGUUGAUAUGUUGCUAUUUGUAUUUUUAACUGUAUCCUCGGUAUGUCUGUGGCUCUUCUUUAGAAAAAUAAAUGAAAUACUUUCGUAAAACUU